AUGGAAGCGGUACAAAAGGCCAUAUAUGAUACCACAAGCGGGAUCCAGAAUCUCGCCUUUGGUACCCAGCCUGAGACCACACCAUGUACACAGCAACACGGCGAGGAACCUUUGUCCGGCGUGCAGGGUCGAGGGACAGCGACGGACCCAUACGAUGCUGGAAACCGCGAUGAACAGCCGGACGCCCCCGCAACAAAAGAUAAUACUGCCGUCAUCACUGAGCCUCUUGAAUCCAUUACACCGCUCGAGAAUAAGCCGACGGAUCCCAGUCCCGCCAGCGGCGCGGGCCUCAAGGCCGGCGCGACUCCCUCCCCGGCACAAGAGAAGCUGAUCCCGUCGUCGACCAACAGCGCCACGGAGACCGGACCGGGAAACCCAAUUGUAGACCUGCCAUCGCCGGCACAGGAGCAAACGAAUCCCACCGCCAGCGCUAACAGCAACAAUAAUACCAGCAGCAGCAACAGCAACAGCAACAAUCUCAGUGAACCCCGGUCCAUCUCUCAGUCCCAACCCAACUCUCGACCACUAUCCCCAAAGUCACCCAAACAGAGAGACCUGGCCAUGUCCGAGGGCGUUAGUAGCUCGCGCUCCCCGCCCCGUGAGGAGGGCGACGCCUCAUCCAGCUCCAACGGCGAGCAUGGGCCGCCUCAGAACGGCAAUGUGAGCAUCGAGGCGCUCAAGGGGCCGCAGGGUCCUGCGCCGAAGGAGACGGCCGACUUCGAGCAGGAGAUGGAUGGCGGCAAGCCGUCGAACACGACAGGUUCGUUCCCCCUUUUUUUCCCCCUGGACACAGGAGUGGGAUGA